AUGGGAAGCCAGGAGCUGAGCCAGCUACUGGGGCCCAAGGCCUCAGGCAGGGUGAUCAACUUUGCCCUUGAUCCACACACCACUGCAGCCAGCAUGGGCACCUGUCUCAUCACAGAAGCUGUCCACAAGGUCUCUGCCAUGCACCUGUGCCACUACCUUCUGGUGGCCCUGCCCCCUCAGAGGACAAACGGCAGGACCCCUGCCCAGUCUUUCUGUACCAGCUGCCAGGGGAGAAGAGUUACACCCAAGGAAGUAAUGGGUGGGCUGGGACCUCAGGAUGACUGGUCCCCAGCCCUGGAUCUGGGACCCCAGCCUCAGGGCCCGCUGCAGGCAGACAUGAGGACCCUGGUUGCCGAAGUCCUGGACUUUAUUGAGCUCUUCAAUCAGGUCUUGGGCACAAGCAUGGCCUUUCCUGCUUUUGAGAUGGAAGCAAACAGAACCGUGGGCAGCGUGGACUUCGCACGCACCGAGUCUGGGGACCUGGCAGGCACCGCGCAUCCUCAGCUGCCGGGGUGUGCCCAAGACUCCCAGCCGCUGCUGCCCGGGAUGCCCAUCUCCCAGAUGUUCAGUGAUGAAGAUGUGCUCUCUGAGGGGGAGUCCACUGUGUACCCCGUGUUCAUCAAUGAGGCCGCCUACUAUGAGAACGGCAUGGCUGUCAUCCAGAUUGAGAAGCUCCCACUCUGUGCCUGCCCUGCCGGUGUUGGCCCUCACCCCCACCUCAGGGCCCUAACCCCCACCCAGAUCCACCCAGCCUCAGCUCUCCCAUCCGAACAAUGUGUCCUGAGCCACAGUCCUGAGUCCAGGGGCCCCCUUUGCCACCCGCUAUAA